AAGAAGUGACGGCGCAUGCGCGUUCGAGUGACAGCCGGUUGGUGUUGUUCCAGCUGUGUUGAAGAGCUCAGGGGAUAUGUGGAGCAGAGGCCAGGGCACAUCAGUUUACCUCUGGCACCGCUGCUGACCUGCACCCAGCCAAGGCGGUCAGAGACACACAGAACAACCAAAUUCAUUAAUGCAAAAGUGGACUGACAGGAGAUGUGUGCCGCUGUCUACAUUGUGUCAACAGUGACAGGCUAUGUGCUCACCUCAGCCCUGCUGCUGAAAUGUCCAACUCUCCUACACCGGAGGAAGAGGGAGAGGUUCCUCAGCAGGCACAUUUCUCAUCGUGGAGGUGCAGCAGAAAACCUGGAGAACACCAUGGCAGCUUUCAAACAUGCUGUGGAUAUUGGGACAGACAUGCUGGAGCUGGACUGCCACCUGACAAAGGAUGAGCAGGUCGUGGUCUCACAUGAUGCCAACUUGAAGAGGGUCUGUGGCGUCGAUGCAAAGAUCAGUGACCUGGCUUAUGCUGAGCUUCCUCCUUACCUCUGCAAGCUGGGUGUAACCUUUCAAAGAGAGUGUUUCUGUGAGGGAGGUGAAGACAAACGUAUCCCUCUCCUCAAGGAUGUGUUCGACGCCUUCCCAAACACCCCCAUCAACAUCGACAUCAAGGUCAACAAUGACACACUCAUUAAGAAGGUUUCUGAGAUGGUUGUUAAUUAUGACAGAGAGGAUCUGACUGUAUGGGGCAACUCCAGAAACCAGAUUGUCAAAAAAUGUUACAAGGAGAAUCCCAAUAUUCCAGUCUUGUUCAGUUUGCCCAGGGUGCUGCAGUUACUGGGUCUCUUCUACACAGGCCUCCUGCCCUUUGUGCCCCUGAAGGAGCAGUUUCUGGAGAUCCCCAUGCCCUCCCUAAUAACCAAACUAAAAGAUCCAAGCGGAUUAACAAGAAGUCAAAGAUUUAUAGCCUGGCUUGCAGACACUUUGCUGAUGAGAAAAGCUCUUUUUCAACAUUUAACUGCAAGGGGAAUACAGGUGUACAUUUGGGUGCUGAAUGACGAGGAGGAUUUCCGAAGGGCGUUUGACUUGGGAGCCACAGGAGUAAUGACAGAUUUUCCCACCAGGCUCAAAGAGUUUAUGGAUAGGAAUGGCAUUUCUAAGCCCCAGUGACCUGCCAACUCAUACCUCUCUCCAUCUCCACGGCCAUUAUCCUUCAAGCUCGCUGACCUGCCAAACAAGCUCUCCACAUUCGCCCACUUUUACUGCACGCAUUCCUGCAGACCUGCUUUCACUUUGGGGUUCUACAAGUAUGAGGCUCACCUUACAUUAGAGAUGUAUACUUUUAUAGUAGUAAGCUAGGAAAAGAGAUUUAUUUGUAUUAAUCAAGCCUUUUUUCAUCUUAAUUUACCCAUCCUAAAAUUUUGGUGAAAGAUUCCAAAUACUAGAGCAAUGGAUAUGAUUGUAAUGUAGUGACGGCCAUGUUUGAGAUUUAAUAUUAAACCUACAGUCAUGAAAAGAUGAUUAGACCACUCUUGUUUUCUUCAUUUCUUAUUCUAAAACUGUAUUACCUGAAGAAUACAAUAAAAAAAGGGUGGUCUUAUCAUUCUUUCCAAGACUUUAUGUUAAAUAAUUAGCCAUUGCACAUAAAUAUCAAAGAUUAUUUAUGCUGUAGUAAAAGCAGCAGUCCAACGGACACUGAGAUAAACAGUUUACACAAAAAAAGGUCCAGAAAUAGUUUUAGCACAUAUUACAUUCAAAAGAAAUUUUUUUUUUUUUACUCAAAAAGUAUAUAAUUUUUUUAAGUUAAGUUUCAUUAAGUUUUAUUUUCCAGUGUUUAAAUGUUUUUUUUAAUUUACAUGUCAGGAUCACCUUAAAAAGUCAAUGAGACUUUGUCUACUGGUGAAUCUGAAUAAUUUCGAUCAUCUCCUUAAAGUUAAGUAUAUUAGUUUCUUGGACACAGAUUUCAUUUAAAUUUCAUGAUUAUAUUGUAAAGUUAAUGAAUAUUUAAAAAUUCUGUUUAUCAGCAAAGGUGAAUAUUAAAUAAAUCAAGUUUAUUUAUAAAGGGCUUUCAAACAAUCACAACAAAGAACCAAAAGCUGCACCUAACUGCAAACUAUAAAGCUGCAUUUAAAGUAAAAUAUAUGCAUUUGAACGAUGGAAGACUAAAAUCAGUAAAACCAAUGUAGUAUAGUGUUUGCUGAGGUUAAAAAUUAAAGCUUAAAAAAAUCUAAUGGAGUUUAUUUUAACACAAACACUUUCUAAAAUAUUUGUCUAUGUGCAGGAGAUUUAAAGACUCAAUAUUUGGUCUAAUCUCCUUUUGCAUGAAUGAUUCAUUAAAGCUGCUUUGUAUGGAGGUGAUCAGCAUGUGGCGCUGCAGAGGCAUUCAUUAAAUGAAUAUUGGUGGAUCAGUGUGUGAACACUUAACGUCGCACAGAGAAAAAUAGUUAGAAUGCAGUUAAAAAUCAACGUAUAAAUAUAGCACCUUCCCCAUUUUUAAAGGGAUUAAAUAUUCAAAUUUUCUCAUAAAUUGGCCUUUAAGCUUCAAUGAGCUGUAAGCUAUAAUCAACAUAAUAUGUAAUGAAACUCUGAACAUAAGGUCACUUUUUAAUUUGAACUACUCAAGUAUGUCAUUGGUGAUUGUUUAAUUCAUUAAGGUGAUCUGUUAUUUUACUCUGAGCCAUUAGGAAUCUUUAAAUCUGUUCAACAAGAUGUGGAACUUUCUGGCAUUAGUAUUAAAACUAAAGGCUAUUUAUGAAUUUAAUAAACUCCCAGAGUUCAGUGUAAAACCGUUUUUUCUUCCUAAAAUUAUAGGUUUACAUCAUACAAUGUCUAAACUACUUUUAUUUCACCCGCUUUGUGGUAUUUCCCACUUUUGAAUUGUUUUCCUGUUUUUUUUUUUUUCCCCCUAACAUCAGACAUAGAAUGAAAACAGUGUUAGGUGUUGAAGGAAGCCUAGGUGUUAUAAUAAAAAUGACCACUAACAUAUUAUGGUGUGUUCAUCAUAUCUGAAUUUCAAAUAGGAAAAAAUUUAUUUUUAUGAUGAGGAAAGUCCCCCACCCUACCCCCCCAAGCGACAUAUCAUCUGAUGUUGCCAUUCUGCUUUAAAAGCUCCUUUCUGUUACAUAAAUAGGAAACUUGAAAGAAGCAGAGCCCUUUUAGUUCACUGUACUGUAAUAGCUACUAUUUGCUGGUUUUAUUGUGCUUUUAUACAUAGAAAUGUCUAUUUGGAGUUUUCUCCUUGAAUCGACAUAUAUAUAUAUAUUUUUUCUCAUGUAUGAUUUGAGCAAAGAGUUUUGCACAGUUUAUAAAUUGUUCUCUUCUGUCUGUGUGACACUAAUCGUAUUUAAAGCUGUUUUUAAAAAUGAUGAGAUGAGUUCUGUAUUCAGACAGUUUAUUGGAAGCUGAUAUGUAUUAAAAUCUGCAAGACAAUGAUGGCAAGCAGGGAAUGCUCCUGUUGUCAUAAGGAGGAUGCCACUGGGUAAACCUGCUCAAACCAAUGAUUCUUUUUGAUCCGCAGGUAUGACCAUGUGUUAAUGGUCUGUAAUGAAUGUAGUAUUGAGUGAAUGUACUAUUAGAUGCAGUUUUGCUUUGAAUUGUUAUGUUUUUUGUCAUUUACUGGUAUCAUUCAAUGAAUUUUCGACAGUAUUUCCUUAGCUGUCUGUGUACAAUCAGCUUUUUCCUGAAAUUGAUCUACCAGACCUUUUACAAUGAUAUUGUUGUACUGUACCCAGCGUCAUGUUAUUCUGCAUGUUUUCAACAACGUUGGUCUGUUUUGAAAAGAAUCAGUUUGUGGGACCAGGCCGCUUGAGUUUUCCAAAAACUUAUCCCACAUUCUGACCAGCAUUUCAUUGAUUAUAGAUAAUAAAAAGUACAUUUACAUCCACAACAAUA